AUGACGCGGAUGGCAGAGAACUUUACAUUCAAGAUAACGUCGGGCCCGCAGCCGCCGCCGCCGAGAGCAACUGUAAUAUGCCCCGCAGCCACCAACGACCGCCAGAUGGGCCGUGCCUCUUUCAGACACAUUGACGGGUUCGAAAUGUGCUCUGUCAGUGAAUCAACAGAGUCAGAUGUCACGACAGAUUCCCCCAGCAAUCAGUCAGGCGUCAGUAGCGUCGAUACAGAUCACCAGGGUAGCAACAAUGCUGAUGUCAUCCAGUCGGUGCUGCCGGGCCAGUGGGUAUUCUCUGUCAGCUCCCUAGCUCCGAAAGCUAGAGUCCCUGGAGCUCAAACCACUGCGGAAUCGUGGGAGGCUCACAGAGAGGAGAUACAGCGCCUAUAUAUCAGUGAGAACAAGCCCCUCAAGGUGGUCGCUCGGAUAAUGAAGACCAAGGGCUUUCAUGCGACUGAACGCAUGUACAAGACGCGUAUUGCUCAAUGGGGGACCUUUAAGAACAAGCGCAGGGAAGACAUAUCCAAGAUGCUCCAAGUCCGACGCCAACGUAGCGCACUGGGCAAGGCCAGUGUCUUCUAUCGAGGUGGAAGACCCAUAGACAUUAAUUCAUACCUGCAGAGAAAUGGACUGUCCAUCUACGACCUCGCCGAAUUCGGUGUCGUUGGCACGCUUCCGGCCAAUCUAAGGUGCACGACGCCGCCACCGAUAGACCAGAAACACCUCGGCCAUCCCGAAGUGCUUCACGUUAAGAAGCUAGUCAUCGGCUGCUUCCAGGAAAUGGUGAAGAAUUGUUACGGUGCUGACACUCGACCGCCGUACGCAAUCCUCAAUGAAUAUGAAUCCAGCGGGGCGGUCAAGGUCAUAGUCCGCUUGAGGGCGGCGCGGUACCUGUUCACCGAGAGUUUCCACAACGAGGGCGGCCAACUUGCUUUAGACGCCUUCCAAGGACUUGGCACACUCCUGCAAAAUUGGUCGCCUCUGGCAUUUCUACACUUGAUGACAGGAUCUCUCGUGUUUCCGAUUCCGGGUAUAACUGCCGAACUGUGGAAGUAUCUAGGUGCAUAUUCAAGCGUCAUGUUUGACAAGAAAAAUCCGUUGACGAGGGCAUUUACCGCGCUGAACAACUUCUUCCACGAGCAUGACUUCGCUUUCCACUUGGAUUUCCUCGCUAACUGCAUUGCCGGCAUGUGCCAAAUGCUGUGCGAAUUCGACGCCAACCCCAACAUCUCGUCGUUGCCAUAUCAUGCCGUCUUCCGCAUCGGGGUCAGUCCUUUCGAGAGGCGACUCACGAGUUGCCGGCCUCCGGUCAAACCGCUCCACGGAGUGCCCACCAAAGGCGUGGCAGUCUAUAAAUCGAAGUCAAUUGUGGAAGACCAGAUCUUCCGCAUGCUCGAGUUGGAACUGUGUCUCGCCGGUGGAGAGCCCGCCUCGUCGAGCCCGCGGCACGAGAUGGCGAGAUAUUACCUCGAGAAGGACAUUGAGGUGGACGAUUCGACGGGUUUGCCUUCACCGUUCAAGCUGACCGGGCUGCUGAAAUUGCUAGAGGAGUGGUGUCGGGAGGCGGGCGACAUGGACCGCGCGAGAACGGCCAAGGAACAGCGUAGGCGCCUGAUGGACGAGUGGCUCACUACGAUGGGCAAGGCCAAGCCCGUCUAA